AAAUAGAAGUGGAGAGAUAAGAUACCCAAUGGAGGUGUUUAUUUAAGUGGUGCAUGUCUCUGGCACAUACCAACAACAGGGGCUGUCUGAGUUGUCUGUUUUGUGAGAGGCACACCGAAACAAGCAUAGAGACCACGGGGAAACAGAAAUUGGUUGUGGAGAGAACCGUGGGGCAUCCUCUUUUUCUACAUUUUCUCAGUGCAUGUGACCGGGGCCAGCCAUGAGUAAACAGGCAACUCUGGCCUCCUGUAUUGCCAAGUUGUAUGAAGGAGGCCGGCUGGAGAACUCUGGAACUCCAUCUGGGACGGUCAAGAAGACGAGUCCAACUCUGAUAGGUAGUCUGACCAAUGUGGAGGUCAAGUUACAUGCCCUGGAAGGGAAGGUGGAACAGAUCGAACAUACCCAGACAGAGGUCCUUCACAAGCUGAGUUCAUUGUGCCAAGGAAUGGAGGCGCUAGAAAGGAGCCUUAUACACCACAAGCAGGGUGCUCAAGAAGCAAACGUGAUUAAAAAUGGUCAGCGAGAGAGCAACAGUCUUCCUUUGCUGACUGAGGUCAGAUCGCUUUGUGGCGAAACUGUGGAUCUGCUUCAUAAUCUCAAGCAUGAGAACCAGCAGCAGAGAGAGAAGAUUGAAUGCAUGGAAAGUUCUUUGUCCACUCUGGAGAAAGUAUUAGGGUGCGUGGGGAAUGCUUUCCGUAACUCAAAGAUAGUGGAGUUCAUCCUCAAGGGUGUGGUGCCUUGGAGGAAACAAGGCCUUCUGAACACUGUGGAGGAAGAGAAAACCAAACCAGAUGACAACAACUUUAAACCAAACAACAGUUUCUGCCACCGGAGCACACAGACCUCAGAGGAGGUUAAAGGAGUAAUUUCAGUUUUGCAAAACACAGCUGAGUUUGAACUCCAGCAGCCAGAGGUCACUGUUCCCACUGGUCCCAGCAGACUACCUUUUCCUGAAGCCCUUACAGGUGAACGCGAACCUCUGACACCUGUUAGUACAGGAGUAAGGUCCAGAGCCUUUAGAAAGGCCAAGGAGGUCACUGUGAAAAGCAGAGCACCUGCACAGGUCCAGACAUUUGCUUCUGAUAUCCAGCUGGAGGAGGAGAAUGACGUGCAUUAUGUACCCAAACAAGAGACAGAUAUCUCAGCCGGCGCACCAGCUAAUGCUGAAUGUGUCACUGUGACAACAGCUAAAGUGCAAAAAGAUUUGGCUCUUCCACAAGAGAGGGCUCUUGAACAGGCAGAUGUUUCACAGGUUGGUGAAGAGUCUUCAUUCAAGUCAGUAGAUCCUGAGCAACAAGUGGAGCCAAAGGUUGAGGUUCCUCAAAAACAGGCUGAGGUUUCUCAGGUAGAUGAUGAGGCCUCAUUGAAACGGUCAGUUCCUGGACAGCAUCAACUAAAGAAGGAUGUUCCUCACAAACCUCUGCUCUGCACCAAAGAGCCCGUCGACGAGGUCAGUUCACAACAUAGAGAGACAGUGGAGAGUGUAACACCUGAGGGAAAGACAGAAUCUGAGCCGGCUAACAAGAAAAAUGAAAACAAAACCAUUGGGAAGAUUUUGGAGUCUGACGCAAUAAAGAACUGUGCAGCUACUAGUCCACAAAAAACAGCCAUUGUUGAGGGAGCAAAAGCAAAAUCGUCACCUUUUAGAAAAGCUGAGUCACAGCUAAUGAUCAUUGAUGACUGUCCACCUCUCCCAGCCCCGUUUGAGCACCGCAUUGUCAGCGCCAAGCAGGUUCCCAUGAACUCAUAUUACGCCGUCAAACCCGAUGAGGUGCUUGGCGGAGGCCGUUUUGGACAGGUGCACAAGUGUGCUGAACUGUCGUCAGGUCUGACGCUGGCUGCUAAGAUUAUAAAAGUCCGGGGAAUGAAAGAGAGAGAUGAAGUGAAGAAUGAGAUUGGAGUAAUGAACCAGUUAAACCAUGCAAAUUUGAUUCAGCUGUAUGAUGCUUUUGAGUCUCGAACAAAUCUCACACUUAUUAUGGAAUAUGUGGAGGGUGGUGAAUUGUUUGAGCGUAUCAUUGAUGAGAAUUACCAGCUGACGGAGCUGGAUGCCAUCGUGUUUACCAGGCAGAUUUGUGAAGGGGUUCAGUACCUUCACCAGCAGUACAUUCUCCAUUUAGAUCUUAAGCCAGAAAAUAUCUUAUGUGUGAACAGCACAGGGAAUCAGAUCAAGAUCAUUGACUUUGGACUCGCCAGAAAGUAUAGACCCAGAGAAAAGCUGAAGGUCAACUUUGGGACCCCAGAGUUCCUGGCACCAGAAGUUGUCAACUAUGACUUUGUGUCAUUUCCUACAGACAUGUGGAGCGUUGGUGUCAUCACAUACAUGCUGGAAAAAAAUGUCACCCUUUCUUUCCACACUGAAUUGCACAGUGGCAUACACGGAGUGAAAUAUCAGCGAGAUCAAAAGCCAAAUGCAAAUGUGACGCUCCAAGAAAGCUUUAGAGGGCUCAUCUAAGAGCAUUGAAUAGAGCCCUGAUAAAAGGGCACCAGUUCCAUACAGCUGAAAAAGCAUGUUACUAGCCCUGCUGCUCUGAAAAAAAAAAAAACACACAACAAGCAAGCAAACAUAACAUCCCAUCUCAGACCCUGCACCCCCAUCACUCUCUCCAUGAGCAGUGCUGGCCAUGGAUGACCCUCUACUCUGGCCAAUAGAAUAGCAGCUCGGCCUCAAAAAUUGAAUGAAGACUAAUGACCUGACAGCUGUUGGUGGAGAAUUAGAAGGGCUUGCCAAACCCAAAAAUAUGUGUGUCACCUACUUCACACUUCUGAGAAAUGAACACCCAACAAGACUCAGGUGUUCAGUGUAUUCAUUUAAUUAUAGCUUUUUAUUUCAAGUAGACACAAACACAUAAUUGUGUUAGUGGUGAGUUAAGCCACUAUAAUUGUUUGUUGUCCUCAUUUCAAGUUUUUAUAGAUGGUAUUGGUGUUGUGGUCGCUUAUCCAUGUACUUUAUAUAUUUAUAUUCAGUUUUUUGUUAACACUUUCAGUGUAGUUCAGUCAAAAUCCCUUCGGAAUCAUAUCAGCAAUGCAUUUAUAACAUUUAUUAAUGUUAAUUUAUAAAUAUUGUUAAUAGUAAGUUCAUGUUCAUUCAUUAUAAAUUACCUGUUUAUUUCUAAAUAUUAAUUUAUACAACUUGAAAUUUUAAAAAUGGCUCUAGUGGUGACCCAGUGCUUGUUGUACAUUCUAGGUACUUGUUGUUUGUUUUAUGUAUGUGUGUAUAUGCUAAAGUGAACUGUUGAGUUUAUUUACAUUUGUAUAUUUUUAUCAUUGUUCUUGUAUAAUUGUUAUGUUUUGUUGAUUUUGUAAUGGUGUGUUGUGUUUCCAAUCAUGGACAAUAAAGGAACUAAAUAACUAACAUAAUAUAUCAUU